AUGAAGGAGUCGCGACCAGCUCGCCGAGGGCGCCCCCCACUCCAGGAUAACGAGAGCCCGUCUGAUGGCCUGCAGACAAAACAGCAGCGCAUGCGGCUCGCCCAGCGGACAUACCGCGCUCGCAAGCAGGAGGCCCAAGACCGCGCAAGAACUCAGGUUGAAAAGCUCAGCCGCGCUCUGGACGACGCUUUGUCAACCUACGCCAGUCUCCACUGGCGACUUGCCGGCAGUCUGCAGUCGCAAGACUGGUCUGGCGUUCUCUCACAUCUUAACGAUGCCUCGGCGCGCAUAGCUGGUGUAGCGUCCAGCGUGGACAAAACCAUUGCCCUGCCGCCGAGCACGGAGGGACUGGACUCUGCUUCCUCUCGAGGAUGGGGGAGCUUUGCAUCUCCCCAGGAUACGGGAGAUAAUUUACCUACAGCUGUAACACAUUCUCAUGGCCGGAUGAGUCCCUAUCGUCGCCUAGCUACUCCCAGUCAGCCCGCAACGAACGCAGCGGUGGCCAUGAUCAUACGGACCACCGCCGCGAGUCCAACCUCGGUAUCAGCCCGGAUCUCCCGGGCCUGCUUCCAGCGCGUGGUGGCUGUCCUGUCCGGUCCGGGGGCACCCGACUCAAAGUCCACAACCAUGGCGAUCCCGCUCCAGCUGCUCGGCAAGGAGGACAUGCUGGCCAAUUCGCUGCAGGCGCUGUCGCUCUUUCAGGCCUCCGUUGCCGACUUCCGGUACCCGUUGCACUCUGCUGCGCGGCUACCGCGCAUGUACCGCGUUCAGCAGGGUGGGGCGCGGACCGUGUCUAGGGCGGCGACGCCGUUCCUGCAGCAGAUUGCUAGGGGGGGGACGCGGACUGUGCUCGACACGGCAUUUAAGCCGCUACAGGGGGAGUGGAUGGAGGCUGUGGAUGUGGAGGAGUAUUUGGAGGAGAGGGGCAUCUGCCUGCGAACUGCCGUGGGCAGCGGCGGGGUGCCUGCAACGGAGCCGAUGCACCAGGCGACCGUCUUUGAGGCGUCCUUGGUCGAUAGCCUGUCUCCGCAGAUGGAGCGCGGGGGGCAAGUUCCCCCCCUUCCCCUGUCUGAUGAGUUUCGCGGCCACGAGCCGGCGGAUUAUUCGGUGUUUGGCAUCUCGGGCCCGGGGACGAGUCUGCGGCGUGCGGUUGUCCCUGUCCGACGGGGCACUGAUGUCUGGGCUAACCCAGACGACGGGCGGCGGGCUUUGCAGUCGGACUUUGGUCAAGGUGACGCUGGCGCUGCUGUGGAGGGCGCCCAGAUUACCGUCGACCUGGAUAGACUGGUCUAUCUGCUCGCGGAGAAAGCCAUGUGCCUGGGCCCGGUGCCGGGAAUCAGGCGGGAGGCUGUGGACGUGUGUAUUCGGGGGUCUAUCAUUUUAUGA